UUGUGUCUUGUCGUCACCGGUCCAGUAGGGUGGUCAGGCUGUCACCGGUAUCUCACCCUCUGUAACCGGGUUAAACCAGACACAACUAGACUUCGCAGCUGCAGGAGGCAAACUGAGCCGGUGAACCGUCCGUGUUCAUCCCGAAUGAGAUGGAGGGUCUCCGGUUCCGGCGGGUGAACAGACCGCAGGUCAUCACCGACGAGCUGCCGGAGCAGCACUACAAGUCCCACGGGUGAGAAACGGACCUGGAACCACGCUCUGACUACAUCCUGGUCCGGACACAUAAACCGAAAUACCAACAGUACCCAUGAUGUGCUGGUUCGGCCCCUCCGGCUCCGACACCGUGACGGCAGCUGGAUGUGUGAUCAGCUGAUUUGCGGUGCCUGGAUAACCGGAGGCUUUCGCGACACGCUUUAGUGAAGCCGAACUGAUCAGUAAUUCGAGUUGAUCACUACGGGUGUUUUUCAAAGAGUGACAGUGUUAUUUGGAGACUUCCGUUAGUAUAUGUCUUUGGUUGUCGUAGUUAUAGCAGCUGUUAACGUUCCUGCUGGAAUCCCCCCCAUUAUUUCAUUUAAUGUUAUUGUUUUCUUGCAGACAGAUUUACGGUGUGUAUUUUAAUAUUGCAAUGAAACACGUCUUUAGGAAUAAUUAAUUACGACAUUGUCGACAUCUGCUGUAACUACCCUAACAUUAGGGCUACUUCUGUAAGCGAAACACCCAGAGCUCUGCUGGCUUGAACUUGUGUAGUUAUCAAAUUAUCCCCACAUAGCAUGUUAAAAUGAAUACAAGAGACCAAAAUCACACACACACACACACACACACACACACACACAUUCUACUACCUCUGCUAUUGUAAAAAGUAAUAUGAUGUCUGGUUGAUUUGGUCAAAUGGGAGCUUACAAGAAGAGGAUCAAAGCCAGAACCUUGAGGAGCCCCAGAGAAAAUACUGUACAGAGGUCAGAGGUUAAAGUUUGAUGUUCUCUAGAGUGUUUCUGACUUCAUUUCCUCUCUAAGCACAUACAGCGGGAAGGUUUUCCAGGUGACUCUGCUAUCCUUGGGUGGAUUUCUGCUCCUUCCUCUCCUGGUCAUCAUCCUCAUCCUGGAGUCUCCCAUCCACCCCGAGGUCUUCAGGUGAGUCUGUCUUACCAGUCUACUCACAGGUGGACAGCUUCACCCCACCCAACAGCAGAGCCAGCACUCACACAGAGAACGGAGCAGUUCAAUGACUGAUACAAUGUAUGGAGCGUCAAGUGCCAGAAGAAGAGAAAUUCAUGUGCAUAUUUGUGUGCAUGCAUUUGAAUCCACAAGUGCAUCAAUUAUCUUUUAUACUCACAGAAUUGCACUUGGUUUAUUCAAUUCAAUUCAAACCACUUUAUUUAUCCCAAAAGAGGACAGUUCAGUUUGCAGUUUCACUCCAGGGCCCUGUUUGUGUGUUUUACGCAGUGGCCCAGCUGUUUGUUAAUAUGAGGCUGGGGUCACCCACUGAAGCAGUAGCCUAUGACUCCACCGACCACACAUCAUUUAUAAUGAAACCCGUGCAGCAACCAGGACUGAUAUAGAGCGCACCAGCGGCAGUCUGUGGGAGAGUGUCACCCUACCACUCACGGGAGAAAAUAGAGAAUUUUUUCUUUAUUGCACUCCAACCAAACUAUUUUUGAUCUCUGGAUAUGUGUUUUUUUUUUUCUUUUUUAUUCAUUUUCUGUGCCAGUCUCCCUGGUCGAUGCUGACUGAUGAAUGAUUAAGAGAGUGCAUUGACAGCAUGAAUUUAACUUUACCACAGAGUUCAUAAAAGGUUUUUGGUUGCUGAAGGUUUUUGGUACCGAGGACUUUUACGUGCAAAUAUUUCAUAAGUGAGAUCAAGUGUCUGAUGGAUCUCUGUGCUUUAACAAAGUCACAUUCAAAGAUAAUUACUAUUAUUUUCAAAAGUACUGGAGGAUUGAUCAAAUCAUGCUCUGUUGUAUUUCUGUGUAGUCAGCUGUUUGCUGUCAGUAGAAGGACUGAACACAGACUUACUGAUGGUUCACUUGGUCCUGCUGAGUUUUUGAACUCUGCUGCAGCUUUCUGAAUAUUUGCUGACUCUGCAACUUGUCCUGGUUAAUAAUUCAUCAGAAUAAACUUAUAAUGCAGAUCUGUGAGUGGGUCAGUUUAUCUAGACACUAAACCCCGACAUAGAAAAGUUUGGUUACCUGCAAAGCUGGGUGUGUAGAAAACAGAUUUAAUCAAAAAACGCAAAUCAAAUCUUAUUGCAGUGUUAUGAAUCAGCAGAAAAUGAGGACUAAUAUCAAUAUAAUAUGAGCUCUGCCUCUUCUGAGAUUAUCCAGGGCUGAAAUUAUUUCUUAAGUGACAGCUGUAGUUGUGAUAUAUGACUGGGACAUCUAUAUUACCUGUAGCAGUCUUUUUAACGAGAGACACGUCACAGUGUCAUUUCUACAGUUUAGUUCUCAAAGAUGUAUGUUGUAAUGUGCUGUGAAUUAAUGUCUUUCUUGGUUGUUAAAUGUUCUUGUGAAAAUGUGUUGUACAGUCUAAAGGAGCCUCCGAUGAUGAAGGGCUGCUGGGAGCCAAACCUGAAGCUCAGAGAGGCUCAGAGACUCUUGGAAGACCAUGUCAUCGGACCAGAAUCCAUUGCCAACAUUGGAGGUCAGAGUCUAGUCUGGUUCAAAUUAAAGUUUUUGAAUCAAUUUUAACGUUGAGUAAAUGUUUAUUUUAAAACUCCCUUGAGAAAUGUUUGAUUAGUGUCUGUGAUGUACAAAAGCAGGUAAAACCAUAAACAACAACAUAAACAGCCUUUGUUCAUUCCCCCACAGCAAACAUUCACAGUGAGUGGAAAGUUUUUACUCAAAGAAGACAACAGGAGAAGAUUUUUGUUUUUUGUUUGCAAAAAUAAACACAGACAGAACUAAGAAUAAGAAUAAGAGGAACUUUAUUGAUCCCCGAAGGGAAAUUCAAUUGUCUGUUGUCUCACAUGAUAUGUCUCUAAAGUUAUCUACUAUUUACACAAGAGCUAUAAAUGACCUAUUAUUUACACAAGAGUUAUAAAGUCUGAUGGCUGGUGGUACAAAAGAUCUUCUAAAUCUUUCUGUCCUGCAUCAAAGAGAGAGGAGCCGUCCACCACCAUUGGCCUUUUGGUCCAUCAAGGUGUUAUGAAGUGGGUGAUCCAUGUUCUUUAGAAUAGUCUCCACCUUCCUCAGUGUAGAUCUCUCCACUACAUCCUCCACUGAGUCCAGCUUGAGUCCUACCACAGAGCCAGCCUUUUUCACCAGUUUGUUAAGACGUCUUGCAUCUUUGUGUUUGAUGCUUCCUCCCCAGCAGACUGCAGUGUAGAACAGCACACUUGCCACCACAGACUGAUAAAACAUCUGCAGCAUCUUACUACAGAUGUCUAUUGAUCGGAGUCUUCUCAGGCAAAAGAGGUGGCUCUGCCCUUUUCUGUAGAUGAAGUCUACAGAAGUCUAUAACCAUCUCCUUUGUCUUUGUGGUGUUAAGGAGGAGGCAGUUUUUGUGACUCCAGUCACUGAAGGCUCUUAUUAGAUCUCUGUAUUCAGCUUCUUGUCCAUUUCUGAUACAUGCCACGAUAGCAGUGUCAUCUGAGUAUUUCUGGAUGUGGCAGGACUCAGUGCUGUAUUUGAAGUCUGAUGUAUACAGUGUGAACAGGUGCCAGCACUGUCCCUUGUGGAGCCCCUGUACUGCUCAUUAAUGUCCCAGAAACACAGCUCCCCAGCCUGACAAACUGUGGCCUUCCUGACAGGUAAUCUGCGAUCCAGGAAACACAGGAAGGAUCCACUCCCAUCUCUGUGAGCUUGUCUUUGAGUAUGGUGGGUUGGAUGGUGUUGAAUGCACUUGAAAAGUCGAAGAACAUGAUCCUCACAUAAACCCCAGGUUCCUCCAGAUGAGACAGGGCACGGUGAAGCAUGUAGAUGACAGCAUCAAGGACAGCAUCCUCGCAGGAGCUUUAAUACCAGUCCUUGAGCUCUUUUGAUGAACCUUAGGGUUGUAUUGAUUUUUGUGCCCCCUGAGGAGUAGAUUGUUUAUUUUUAUUAUUUAGCAAAAAAUCUACCUGCUUUCCCUUUUAUGAUAUCUUUGUUUUUUGUGGGUUCCACAGAAACAUCAGGAUCAAUUUUUAGUCUGUUUUAUAACUCACAGAAGUUCUCAACAGAAGCUUUAGGAUUAGAUUAUUUUAUUUCAACCUUGGCUUUCAACUUUGUCAGUUUCAAUUCGAUCUAAAGUGACUUUUAGUCCAUUUGAGUUUUGUUCAGUUUUUGGUGUGAUUUAGGUGAGUUUGUUUGUUGACCCUGACCUGAGUUAAGAGACCCUUGAAAGUGAGCUCACUCUGAAAGUUUAGUGGGUCAACUAGGAUUUAGUGACCCUAAUUGAGUGUAGGUUUGGUCAGAUAUUUAAAGUUACUGGUUUAUGAUUAGUUAUUUAUAACAAACACUGUUAUGGUUUUAGUCGACAUGGGUUAUUAGAGUAAAUUUCAUUUAAAAGUUUUGUAAAGUGAGGAGUUUAGGUUGAUAUUGUAAAGAGUUUAUUUUUGGUAAACUUGGUCUAAAUCUAGUCGAGUGGAGUUUGUUGUCAUGUUGAGUUCAUUUUCACUUAAAGGUUUAUUUAUUUAGGCUGGAUUAAGUUAAGAUGUUUGUUAAGUUAACUGAGUUAAAAUUUGAAGUUUGUUAAUUUUGUUUCACUGUAUUUUCAAAAUCAGUUUGGUGCAUUUAUGUAAGUUAAGCCUGUUUACACUUAAUACUUUAGUUAAGUUUAGUUGACUGACUUUACUCAAGAAGCUCGUUAAACUCUAUUUUAACCGCCACCAGUCCGCACACUCAUUCUCACACUCAUGUGCAGUUUGCAUCAAGUUCAGUCCAAUCUCAGUUAUUGAUUCAUACAUAAAGAGCAGUCUAAUUUAAAGUUAAGAUUACACUUCAGGUUGGUUGAGUUAAAGUUAAACAGUCUGUGAAUGUAGCUUCUGCUCACUGUUUUAAGAGUUUUAAGUUCAGCUACAAGACUGAUUUUAAGAAAAUUAUACAAGGCUGUCAUAAAAUCAUAAACAGUUUUCUCAUCUUUCACAAGAGAAGCAGCUCUGUUAGAUGAAGUCAAACAGAGACGUAGACUAAGGGCUGACAUGUUUGUCUCUUUGCAGAUGUUUUGUUUACUGGAACAGCUGAUGGGAAGAUUGUGAAGGUGAUUGGUCGGAGGAUUCUCACAGUGGCCAGACUGGGGAAACUGCCUUGUGGUGAGAAACCAUUAGGUUUAGUUCAACUGCAAACACUGUUUGAUUUUUAAUUUUGGGUUUGUCUGUCUGACUGUAAACCGGCUGAGAUUCCGACUCUGGUAUUUCCUCUCUGUGGUUUCACUCUGAUUGCCUCAUUCUGGAGUUUUAACAUUCAGUCAGUUCCUCAAAGACAGAGUGACGGUUUACAGCAGGAAUAUGUUACAACCUGCUCUGACUCUCUGAUCCAUUUGGUCUCAUCAUCUAACAGCUGAGCUGCUGCAUGAACAACCCCAAACAGAGGACUGAGAGAGAGAGAGGGAGAGAGACACUGUCAGUCCAGAUAAAACCUGAAGCUUUAAAGAAAUUUGAACACAGAGACAGGGUUUUAUUGUCAAACAGGAAGUCAGCUUUAGGGUGCAAAGAGACAGUGGCUAACAGGGUUCAACCUGCUGUGGCUUUAAUUUUCAUGUCUUAUUCAGGCAACUUUAUAAAGUAAAACUCUUCAUAAGGUACAAAGGUUACAGCAUACACUCACUAUGAACAGUCCCCUGUUUCCCAGUCUGUCCCUGUCCAUCAACCCCAGAUCUUUAACUCCUGGAAGCUACUUUUAAAUUUCAUGUUGAAAUCUCAUCUAUAAAUACACUGUGCUUUUUUCUCUGGCUAACUUUCCCGCUUUCUUUACCUCAUUGUGGUUUAAUUUGUUUUUGUGUAUUUUUGAUCAUUGUUUUUUAAACUGAUGAUGUUGUAAAAUGCAAAUAAGACCAGCAAGUGUUUUCAGAAGUAGGAUUAUCAUCCACAUCAACCACAUCUGCUCUAUCCACUAUCCUUCCCUCCAAGAUAAAAGCACAAAAAAACAAAAAUUUAGUAUAUAAUUUGAUGUAAUAUCCACAAUAUUCCUGCUCUGUGCCUAAUACAAUCACAGCAUCCCUUAAACAGGCUGAGUUAGAAGAAAUGAUAGCUACAAUAAGUUCAUAACCCUCUCUGCCCCCAUACUUUUAUACAUUUUCAUCCAUGUACUUCCUAAUGUAUGCCCAUGACAAAAACACAACCACCCACCAUUAUGUCACCAUUAAUAACUAGGUAAGAUCACAUUUUAUUGGUCACAGAGGAGAAAUUCAGUAAUUGAAGAAACACAGACACAGUAAGCAACAACAAGAGUAAGAGUAGAAAAAAGAAAGAAAUCCCAUUCAAGUCACAGUAGACUGAAGAGAAAAUAAAACAUGAUAAAUUAAUGGUACACACAGCUUUUUUGUGGUAGUAUGAUAUGACAAAUCCAAAGUAACAUACAAAGUGUGUGUUCCCAGGGUCCAGAGAAGAGGAGCCCAGCUGUGGGAGGCCAUUAGGGAUCAGGAUCGGACCAAAUGGGACUCUGUUUGUAGCAGACGCUUACCUGGGUGUGUUCGAGGUCAACCCCAUCACAGGUGAGAGAGAGAGUGAGAGAGAGAAAGGAUCCUGUACACAGAGUAUGAGAGUCAUUAUUCGGUCUUUUAUUCCCCUGCUCACACAGACCACAUGAGGAAAUUAACACAUCAGCAGGCAGCACUAAAACAAACUAAAACUAAAAAAAUAAAACUAAAACAGCUUCAAACAAUUAAGAGAAAAAAUCUUUGAAAAGGGUUUAAAGUCCCUGUUUUUCAUGUUCAGUCACUGUCAGUGUGAGCGUCCACCUCGGAGAUCUAAACAAGCAGCCACUAACACAUGGCUGAGUGCAUUUGAGCGUCAUUAGAUCCCUCUUUAUUACAGGUCAAAAUCAGCUCCUUCCGUGAGGUCAUUUAUUAAGAUCUGCCCUCUUGUCAGUAUUACUGACAGCAAUCACUUUAACUGGCUGACACGCACACACACAAGGAACAUUCCUCAUAAUAAGUAUGUAUUAAAUUAGAAAAGACAGCAAAUACAUCAGGAAUAAUACAGGGUUAGUAGGGAGACUAGAUCCUAGUAUGAAGUAAAGGGCUGCAGUCUCACCCUGUCAGGAGUCUAAUUACAGUCAGUAACAUACUGACACUGAAGGUGACUGACUUUUGUCAGAGCAUAUGAGUCCAUACCUCCCAACACUCCCGUUUUUCCCGGGACUCUCCCAUAUCUCAGACCUAUCUCCCACCCACCUCACGUAUUGUCUUUUCUCCCGGGAAUCUCCCAUAGUGUGAUGGUCCACGUUCAUUCAUUAAUCGGAUCACUAUAUUUGUCCAAAGUUGCCAGGUUUCCAGACGACCAAAGAUUGUCCUGUGUUUCGGCUGAGCCUCACAGACACUGGAUUGAUACUUUUACUGAACAAUUUGGGAUGAUUCAGGUCAGUUUAAGCUGUAAACUAUAUAUAAACAGUGUUUGGUGCAAAAUGAACACUUCAAUGAAAGGGAAACAACCGUGAGAUAUAAUAUUUACGUUGAUAGUCUUUCACUGUCUCGAAGUGAUGCAUUCAGGGCAGCCUCAGUUAAAAGAGUGCUGUAUUUCACACACAGAUGUUCAGAGAGCCUCAUACAGGAAAGCAUGUAAACAUAUGAGGACUUAAACACCAAUAUUAGUGGACUAAAUAAGUUCAAGGUAUAUUGUAGCUAUUAUUUUUUUAUUACCAUUUGUUAUUGUAAAAACGAAAAAGUGUACAGCUUCACUUAUACUUAUUUGAAUGAGCAAUUUAAUUACAAAUACUCUCAUAAUUAGCUCAUAUUCACCAAACAAGGUAACCCCAAAACUGAGGAAUUUUUGAGUACCAGCAUAACAGAUAUCUGCAAACUUCCAAACUUGUGCAUCCUUCCAUUUCAUCUGUGUGUGUCUGUUGCCACCUGUGGAUUGGGUGAGUUGCAGCACACUGACCAGCAGCUUUGUAGGAGUUUGUUCAGCUGAUGUUCAUGCUUCUCUUCCUCACCUCAAACUCCUGUUUUGUUUUUCUGCAGGUGAAGCAACCAGAUUGGUGAAGGGGGGCGAGGAGGUUGCCGGCAGGAAGUUGUCUUUCAUCAAUGACCUGGCAGUGACUCAGGAUGGGAAGAAGGUGUACUUCACAGACUCCAGCAGCAGGUGGCAGCGCAGAGAGUACCUGAACCUCAUCAUGGAGGCCACGGCUGACGGGAGGUUUGCUGAACUAGUUCCUUUAAAACUUUUAACUUAUCUAAUGUAUCCUUAUAAUAGUCAGCUGUUUUAAAUUUGCAAAUAUUGAUCCUGUUCACUGACACUUUUUAAAUGAUAACCUGCUUUUUUUCAUAAAUUUAAAUAUAAUUCACAUUAGCAGCUAAACGUAAAUUAAAAUAAUUACAAUUAUCAUUCUGAAAAAAUGAUUUGAUGUAAAUAUUGUCCUUUUUUUUUUCUUACCACAGUAUGUGUUUAUGGCCCAGUCAUGUUGAAUCAAUGAAUAGAUUUUUACACCAGACAAAUACUAUGAUGAUACUUACUUAUAACCCAUAUUAUGUAAUCGCUAAGUUCCAGUUAAUAUCUUAAAUUUUUUUUACUUUUCUUUUUAAUAUGCAUCUUCCCUUUUUGGUUUGACUUUUAUUUGAACGUAAAAGAAUAUCAUCCAUGAGCGUACCUGUCCCACUGUAAAAUAAUUCAAUAUUAAAUGUCAGUUAAGUUCCUGGCAUUUAGAUAUAUGUACGUUUAAUCUGACAUUGUUCUGUAAAGAAAGUUGUAAUUUCCUGCUGAAUUAUCACACGAAAAGUCCUGAGGUAAAAACCAAAGGUAUUGUUAAAUUGUGUUUUCAGAGUAUUGGAGUACGACAAAGAGAGCAGGGAGCUGACUGUGGUGAUGGAGAACCUUCGCUUUCCAAAUGGGAUACAGCUGCUACCGGACGAGGAGUCUGUGCUAGUGGCUGAGACCACGAUGGCCAGAAUACGCAGGUAACACACCUGUCUCACCUGAAACAUCUCUACAAGCAGAUUAUGGGUUCUGCUGGGCUAGUAUAAGACUUGGAUUGACAAAAUAAGAUGUUUUUGUUUUUUUUUACCUUGAAUUGAUCAGAUUCUAAGCUAAUGCGCUGCUUUUUAAUGUGAACAUUGUUCUUUGUGAAAAUACCAGCGUAUGACACUUUUGAAAAUAAUCUUUAUUAUCACGAUGUGCCUAAUUCUUUUUUUUUACAUAUUCUGUAAACUGAUUCUUAUUCUGCCAAAUAUUUUCGAUUCCCAACUCCUUCCACAUCAUUUAACCUAAAACUUAAAAUUGUAGUACUUUGGGCUGACUGUCUCUCUCACAGUUAUGUACCUUUUUUCAGUAAGGUUCAGCUCAUUCAAAUGCUUGUCCGGGAUGUUUAAAAUGUUCAAAUUUCAACAAUUUUCAUGACUUUGAAAUUCACUCAUACAGUCACAUAGAAUUUUAACUGCCCUUAAAAUAUUCACAACACUUUUUUAGUGCUUUUUUUUUUAAACAGUGAUUUCCUCAAAGUCUUUCAGCUUUUCAGCCAUUAAUACAUUUAAUUUUGUAUUUAAUUUUUAAUUAAAAAACAAAACAAAACUGGUCACUCAAACUCCCAUGAGUUUGGGUUGAUUUUUGCACAGAGUAAAACCCUCUUUUCUUUUUGCUAAUCUUAUUCUGUUAACUUAAGAAAAUAUGUGGACCCCCUCUUUUAGAGAAUGAAAAAUUUUAUUCAUUGUGAAUCUUUGCUGGGAGAAACAUGCAUGAGUCCUGCCAAUCACACAGUGAGACACCUGCCCCCUCACAGAGGUGACAGCCUUUAAAAUCACUCUUAGAUUUAGGGUCAAACCCAAUUGUCACUCUUUCCCUUUCCCCUCUGUCUUACCUCUUUGUCUAACCCUUCCCCUUGGCCCUCAGAACAGAGGGCAGAGGGGAAGGGCUGAAAACAGGCUUCUAAGAAACUAGAGGCCACUCGAGUCCCACUACAUCAUCAUUCCUUACCAUUUGCAGUGAAUUUGUCACCUGAGUCUGACAUCAGCAUAGCUAUCAAUAGAUAUGGCUUCAUUAGAUAGCUCGUCAUUGCACGUCGCGCAAUUUUAAAAUGCAAAAAAAUCAAAUUAUCGCUAAUAUUUCCGUGGAGUAGCAAAGGAUUGAAUAUCUGAUAAAAACAUUAAGUGUCAUUACUAUAAAAGUCAUAUCAAAAUCUUACCCCUUGCUUUCAAGUGAGGUCCCAGUUUGUUUUCAUUUCUAGGGCUCUGUACCCCUUGUCCAUAGCCCUUCCCCUUAACCUUAGGGAGAAUUGGGACACCCCUUCACUUGACGUGAACCUGCAAAACCGAGGGCUAAGGCGUAAGACAAGGGCUAAAGGGUAGAGUUGGAAUUGGCCCCCAGUUAGCCUUGUCUGAUGAUUUCUCUUUAACAGGUUAUAGAAAGGCACCACAUUAAUCCCAGUUUGUGACACGAGCAGUAAAAAACUCCUCACACUAGCUUUAAUCACUCUGUGAGUCAUAUGCUGUCUCUUUUAUCAGGGUCCAUGUUGCUGGGCUAAAUAAAGGCGGGAUGGACACAUUCAUGGACAACCUGCCCGGUUUCCCUGACAAUAUCCGCCCCAGCUCGACUGGAGGUUACUGGGUGGCCAUGUCUGCAGUGAGACCAAACCCUGGCUUCUCCAUGCUGGACUUCCUGUCCCAGAGACCCUGGAUCAAGAAAUUCAUCUUUAAGGUAAAAACUACCAGGACAGAGACACCAGGGGCCUCAUUUAUCAACCGUGCGUAUGCACAGAUGUGUGCUUUAAGAGUGCGUACGAACAUUCCUGCGCAAAGUCUGGAAUUUAUCAACCUGUACUUGUGCUUAGGAACGUGCGUAAAUUUAAGCACAACUCUGACCAUGCGCACACACAAAACCUAGUGGUAGGACAGUAAAACUACAAAUAGAACCCAUUAAAGGAGUCACAGCGUUCCGCAAUCUCAAACUUCACACAUGUUCCCAUUGCUUCUAUACAAAAUUUAUCCAUUAGUAAUUUAGCAGACAUUUUGAAUGAUUGGUGAGACAAGCUAUAAAAAUCUGCUGUGACAGGACAACCUCACAAGAAGUCUUACAAGUACAAUUAUUUUGCGCUAUUGGAGGACUUGGAGAAGCGUCUGCUCCUCCGCUGGGAGCACGUUUUCAAAGAGCGUGCUGAUCUGUUCAGUGGGAACUCGGAGUGGAUUCUCAGCAGGUACCGCUUCCCCAAAACAUUUUAAUGGAUUUACGCCGUGAUUUACUACCCGUGUCGGAGUGAGAAACAAAACGCACCAAAGCCAUCCCAGCGCACAUCCAGCUCCUGUCCACCCUAACCCGAACAUUUCAGCAUGAGAUUUGAGACAUAUGCGAUAUUUCGCAGCCAACGCUAAACAGAAUCAUGCCGGCAGAGUUGGCUGUAAUAAUUUCUCUGGCCUCAAUUUACAUCCAGUUCCCAAACACACAUCAGCAACAAGCCGAAAUAAAACGAGGAUUUCACGCCAUCGCCGGAUUCCCAAACAUAAUUGGAGCCAUAGAUUGCACCCACAUCGCAAUAAAAGCACCUUCACACAAUAAAUUCAGAUUCGUCAACAGGAAAAGAUUUCAUUCAAUCGAUGCACAAAUAAUCUGCGAUGCACAUUUGUUUCUGUUAAACGUUGUUGCCCGGUGGCCUGGAGGAACGCACGACUCAUUCAUUCUGCAGAAUAGCGCUGUGAGUCACAGAUAUAUACAGAAUAUAUAUUUUUGUGAAGAGCAAAGGAGAAAAAGUGCUUUACAGUCAGUUAUUCUACACCAAAUAACCCUUCCUCCACCUGUCUUGUGUCUUGUUGACUUGAUACUCCAAAACUAUGCUUAAAAACAAUUCCAACUCUUUGUCAGUCCACACAAACGAACUACACAGCGCUUUGUUUCAUGCUUGGGGAAGUGAUAAGGAGAAAGGGAAGCUUGCUCUGAUUGGAUAGAAUAGCAAAUACGACCAACUACAGUUCUGGCAUGCUUAUAACCACGGUCAAUAGCACACUAAUGUGGUUUUUGCGUGGAUGGGAUUUUAUUUGAAAAGGAUGUUGUGUGUACAUGACUUUUAUUAUUUUAAAUGGAGGGGGUUAGAUAUUUGUUAAUAAAUAUACCUGGCUACUUGUAUACAAGACCGAAGGGGUUCAUACUGUGAUGCCCAUAUAAGGUCAUGUAGUGCUCAUGCCAUGUUGGAGGUGUUUCUUGCUGAUUUCCCUCUGCACACCAGUGCAUCAGUUUGGUUUGACUUGGUUUGGUUUGGUUUAAUUUGUUUGGUUCAGUUCGAUUUGGUUUUGGUUCAGUUCAGUUUGGCUUGGUUUGGUUUGGUUUGGUUCAUUUUGGUUUUGUUCAGUUUGGUUUGGCUUGGUUCAUUUUGGUUCAUUUUGGUUUGGUUCAUUUUGGUUUGGUUCAGUUUGGUUUGGCUUGGUUCAUUUUGGUUUGGUUUGGUUUGGUUUGGUUUGGCUUGGUUCAUUUUGGUUUGGUUCAUUUUGGUUUGGUUCAGUUUGGUUUGGCUUGGUUCAUUUUAGUUUGGUUUGGUUUGGUUUGGCUUGGUUCAUUUUGGUUCAGUUUGGUUUGGUUCAUUUUGGUUUGGUUCAGUUUUGUUUGGCUUGGUUCAUUUUGGUUUGGUUUGGUUCAUUUUGGUUUGGUUCAGUUUGGUUUGGCUUGGUUCAUUUUGGUUUGGUUUGGUUCAUUUUGGUUUGGUUUGGUUUGUUUUGGUUCAGUUUUGUUUGGUUCAGUUUGGUUUCUUUUGGCUUGGUUUGGUUCAGUUCAGUUUGGCUUGGUUCAGUUUUGUUUUGUUUUGUUUUGUUUUGUUUUGUUUGGUUUGGUUUGGUUUGGUUUGGUUCAGUUUUGUUUUGUUUGGUUCAGUUCAGUUUGGGUUGGCACAGUUCGGUUUGGCUUGGUUCAGUGUUGUUUGGUUUGGUUUGGUUUUGUUCAGUUCGGUUCAGUUUGGUUUGGUUUGGUUUGGUUUUGUUCAGUCACCAAAAUGAUAAGUGUGUAACUUCCCCAGGACCUUGGGCUGGACCAAACAACUGGACCAUGGUUUGACCAAAAGAGGUGGUCUUGGUCGGACCAAACUGAACCACGGCCUGGUUCAUGCCCAGUGUGAAAGCAUUACUUUGAAAGGUCUUGACCUUUGUACCAAAGACAGGAAAUGACAUGUGUCCAUUUUUAUGUGUAAUAAAGAUUGUCCACAAAUCGGAAAUUUUACAAUUUUGUUGAUACCUCACUAUUGACAGCUUAUCUUUUCAAGAGUUUUACGACACAUACUUUCUUUCCAGAUCCAGUGUUACAGUGGCUCGUAGGAUUGUAUACUUUCUGCUCCUUUCCUGUUGUCGAUGAUGAAGUUGUUGUCUAAUUAUAAAAUUUGUAAGCGAACUCGGACCAGCCUCAUGUUCAGCUCAUUCCUUAAAUAUUCUAAUUUGGUUUAAUCUAAUUUAAUAAAGAAUUAUUUCUUUUUUAACUUAAUACAUGGUGUGUGUCUUUCCUUUUUGUUGUGACUGCCUGAGCCAGGUCAUGACAAUACACAGAUAACUCAGGACUUCCAGAUGUCAAGACAAAAUUCUUGCUUAGGUCUCCAGAGAAAGACAAUAUCAUGACCUAAAAUGUUAGCCAGGUGCUCAGGAGGCCAUUAGAGGAUAAACAAUUUUACCCCACCAUCAUACUUCUCAAUGUUACAACAUCCUGCCCUGAAGCAGCAGUUCACAAGCUCCCCAUGACUUUUUGAAAAUUUGCCAAAGGGCUGGCAGGGAAAGGCCAGAAAAAGUCAGGGUGAAAAUUUUGACUGUUUGUGUUCAUGCAUACAGUUGCUCAGCCUGAAAAACCCCUGAUUUGAUAUCGUAGAGAAGUUAAUAAAUGUGGUGUGGACAAGAAAAAACAUUCAGAUGCAGAAAAAGAAGUUAUUUUAGGUGGAGUGGAAUGAAGUCUGAGCCUAUGUCUUACAGUCAGAGCCUGUACUGGGUGUCACACAAGGAAGCUCUUACUGUAUUUGUGGAGGGUCAGAGGCAACAGAACAACUAAAACAAUAAUGAAUGUCAGUUUGCCUGUGAAUUUUGUUCUGCUCAGCCUUCAUGAAUAAGACCCAAUGUGUAAAAACAAUACUUGGCUCGGGAAAAUGUCCCAGAAGAACAACCACAGUAUAUUUUUCAUGCAAAUAAAGCCCUCAGUUUUUCUUGUCCCUGGGUAUUUUAGGCUUACAUCUGUGUGACUUAUACAACAAAUCUGAGAUGUGUGGCUUACAGGUCUAAAAGCUUUCAUGUGUUGACAUACAUGCCCAAGUUAGCCCAUUCUGAAGCCAUCACACUGCCAAAACACUUACUGUGCUUGGGUAGGAUACAGUCAGCUGUGGAACCAUUCAUCUUUAAGCCAGUCUCAAACCUUUACUUCACUCUCACCCUCUCCCCUCUCCAGCUCUUCAGUCAGGACGUGCUUAUGAAGUUCGUCCCUCGGUACAGCCUGGUGGCGGAGCUCCAUGAUGGGGGGGUGUGCACACGGAGCUUCCACGACCCUAAUGGCCUGGUGGUGGCCUAUGUCAGCGAGGUCCACGAGCACGACGGGAGUCUAUACCUGGGUUCCUUCCGCUCACCGUACAUUGCCAAACUGGACCUGAACAAGGUUUAAAACAACCCGGGGAAGGAGAAAUGAGCACAUGGACAGAGAUCAGGGGCUCUGUCUGACGUCUGACAGUGAAACACAGGGAUUUCAUGAACAGGAAGUGGAAGAGGAACCAUGAGGAUCUGAAGGCCAGUGGGUGACAGCUCUGUUUCACAGAGACACUUAUCUACAGCUUAUUGAGGGAAACCUUCACAGCCUCUAGAGACAAUCCGCUACGGUGCACGAUUGAUCUUGUUUCCGUGUGUGUGUGUGUGUGUGUGUGUGUGUGUGUGUGUGUGUGUGUGUGUGUGUGUGUGUGUGUGUGUGUGGAUGCAUGCGUGAAGGGUCGUGUUGCUGUUAUUUGUGGGUCAGGGUUAGGAUUGAGACUUCAGAACUUUUUGGCAUCGAAGUCUCCUGUCAGGUUCUGAGACUCAUCAUCCAAUGACAAGACCGACUCAGGCCACUAACCGUCAUUGUGUUGAUCUAUUAAUAAAAAAUAAAAUUCAUAUCAGAGACAUACGAUAAAGACAAUUUAAUCCAGGACAAGUUUUAAGUUUCAUUCCUGAGUUUUUUUGGUCACCAAACUUGUUGCCUCCCUUUUUUUGUCCAUUAUUUGUCAGAUGAAUCAUGUUUUUUAUGUUUUUGAUCAGACUGUUCUCUGAUUUUCUUCAAUUUUAGGCUGUUGUUGUAGGACUGCUAGUGUAGAGUAAAAAUAAACACUUUUGCCUCUUUUGGUCAUUGAAGAAAAGUGAUUACUUGAAGUAUUGAUGAAGGAUUCAUUUCAUUCGGCGCUUAAACUGAGGCACUUUAUGGCAACUGACUAGAAUUGUUUAAAAAUGUACUCAGCAAUGGCAGGCUGGUUGGCUCGUGAGCUUGUUAGCUUUCAGUUGGAGUCCCACGUUCACUAACUUGCUGUGUCAGUUUAGCCUUGUGGGUGUUACAUCUAGCAGCUAACACAAGGCUUUUUUAUUAAUGCUAGGUUUGAAUAGUUUUAUGCUCUUUACUAUACCUCUCUACCUCUGCUGCUAACAAUGUAUGCCGGGUUGUCCUCUGUUAACACAUUAAAUGUUAAUGUCUGCCAUUUUCAUCUGGUAUGAUAGGAAAAACUAGUAACAAGAGUUUAAAAUGUUCUGUUUAAACAGAAACACUGUGAGGGCUUGUGUCCAAACAGAAUAAGAGCGACUAAAACAGAGGCUGAGUCAUUUCCCCUGGAUUCUUAACACCUUACAUGGUCAGCUGAAAUCAGAGGGAACUGAAAUCAGAGGAGCUGCUGUUUCUGUCUGAUUUUCCACUCAUCCAAAAAACCUUUACAAAUAACUAACACAACCAGAGCUGCUCCUUCAAAUUAUUUAAGGGCCUGUGUCCACUAACAGCAUUUUUUGUGCUCUCAGAGCCUCCCUGCAGCCCAUAGUUUACCAAGCUAAUAUAGCAAUGUGCUUGUUAGUCAUUUUCUGAAUAAACAUGAUAAUGACCUCAGAUUAAUAAGAAGGUUCUUUACACAAAUCUAAUCCUUAUAUUUAUCAUUUAUAAAGCUUUAUUAUUCAAUACAUUGAUAUGGCUUUAUAAAACUUCUUAUAUAUGGAAAUAAGCAUUCAUAACAGCUUAUAUUGUAAUGAGCAGUGAACAUUAUGUCUUCAGUGUAUCAUUAAUAAUGUUUCAUGCAUAACACAAAACAAAUAACAGCAUCUUUUGAAUUCUGGGUUUAAUAACAGAUUAUAACACAAACAGUGUAUCCAGUUAUGAAGCUUUGCAGAGGAACCAUUCUUUGUAUCUCAAGAUGUGAUAACUUCUGUGAUACUCAAAUGGCAGAAAAUAUUAUAAAUACUUAAAACAUGCUAAAGCAUGACUUAGGCGCUUUAAGUGCUUGAACCGGACAAGGUAGUUAGUAAUUAUAUAAACAUGCAACCCAUGUUUAACAACUUAUGAACUGUAUUUUGAAGCUUAGAAUAAAGUUUAAGAUAAAAACACAUCAAAGAAUGAUCAUACUGAUUUUCUUUUUUUUUGAGAACUUUUUAUCAAACUUACUCAGAGGUUUUUCAAUCUUCUCUGUCCAAGACAGAGCUUAAACCUGAAAUAACAGCUGUUUUUUAUCUGUGCUGAAUAUGCUUCACUUGAUUAACAUUUCAUUUUUGUGUACAGAUUUAACUUUUGUGUUGUAAAAUAAGUGUGUACAGGCAACUUUGAUUUAUUGGCACCAGUGGGUCUUUGUGCUUUCUCUGAUACAUAAUACUUUUAGCCAAUUAUCUCCUUUAUUUUUUCCAGUUUAAGGUGAAUAGAAGAAUCCUUUGAAAGUCAACAGUGCUGUCCCUUUCCAAAGUUUACCCUGGGACAUUGGCUUUCAUUCUCCUCUGUUUAUUUUUGAAAGAAAUGUUUUUGUUUUACUCUCUGCCUGUCAUGAGUCCAUCAUGAAGUUAUCAGAUGAUUAACUUGGCCUGAAAAUGUAAAAAGGCCACAAACAGUCCCCUUUCAGCUCUGGAUGGAGAUUGGGGUUUUUCUUGUGUUUGUUGUUUUAUAAAUUUACUCAUGUCAUGAGAUUUAGCGUCUUUUAAACCAGAUGCCAAAAUAGUUCCUGUUUUUUCACUAAAGUUUGGACUCUGUUUUAGCUCGUAGGACAUUUCUGGGCUACUGUCUGCAGUUUUUCCUCUGAAUUUAAAAUUGUAAAUGUGUGUUCAUUCAGACUCUUCCCUCCUCAGUCUCUGAUAACAGGCUUGAUGUGACUGAGCACUCUCUCUUUCUCUCUGUUUUUUUAAUUUUAUUUAUUUUUAUAAAUGAACCAGUGUUGCAGCUUUCUCAGCGACUUCUAAAUAAAAUCCAAAUAAAACCUUCAGCUUUGACUUUAUCUGAACACAAACAUCUUCCAGUGAUUAACUCCAGUGUCCCUCUGAGGUUGGUUUAUGACUGGUUUGUGAAUGCAGUCUGGUGUCUUUGGAGUGAGGCAUGUUAAAUCUGGUCCUGCCUCAAAGAAAUAUCUUCUUGUUGAAUAAAAAUUUUGAUUUCUGUAAGA